UUGUAGGUUGCCAUGUUAAAGUUGCUUGCUUUUGGAUUGCUACUCCAAGAAAUCCUGGCAAAUUCCCAAGAUGAAAAUCUUACUGAAUUCAAAAGCGUUGUGGAAGAGCCAUUAUAUAGCUACAAAACUAUCAACUUGCCAGAUGAGCAUAUUCCAUACUUUCUGCACAGCAAUCGGCAUAUUGCCAACAUGUGUAAGCAGGACUCUCGUUGCCCAUAUAAAAAAUACUUGAAGAAACUAAAAUCCUGCUGGGGUUAUGAGAAAUCCUGCAAAUCAGAUUACAGGUUCAGUUACCCGGUGUGUGAUUAUGUUGAAACUGGCUGGGCUAGUGACAUUGAGACAGCCCAACAGAUAUUCUGGAAACAAGCUGACUUUGGUUACAUUCGAGAGAGGCUGAAUGAAAUGAAAACCCAUUGUAAGCCUGCAGCAAUGGGAGAUUCAUCUCUGACCUGUUCUCAGUACCUUCAGCACUGCAGAGCAACAAACUUGUACAUUGAUUUAAGAACUGCAAAGAGAAACCAUGACAGAUUCAAAGAAGACUUUUUCCAGAAAGGAGAAAUUGGAGGUCAUUGCACCCUCAAUAUUCAAGCAUUUUUGGCUGAAGGUCAACGCAAAAGCCCUCUGCAGUCUUGGUUUGCAGAACUCCAGACUUUUACUGCAUUAAACUUCAGGCCCCUAGAAGAUGGUAAAUGUGACAUUGUUAUUGAGAAGCCAACGUACUUCAUGAAAUUAGAUGCAGGUGUUAAUAUGUACCAUCACUUCUGUGACUUCGUCAAUCUUUAUAUUACACAACAUAUCAAUAAUUCAUUCAGUACUGAUGUCAACAUAGUCAUGUGGGAUACAAGCUCAUAUGGCUAUGGCGACUUGUUCAGUGAGACAUGGCAGGCGUUUACUGACUAUGAAAUAAUACACUUGAAAACUUUUGACUCUAAAAGGGUAUGCUUUAAAGAAGCAGUCUUCUCAUUACUGCCUCGAAUGCGAUAUGGCUUGUUUUAUAACACACCGUUGAUCUCUGGCUGUCACGGUACGGGGCUAUUUAGAGCAUUUUCUCAGCAUGUGUUACACAGAUUAAAUAUCACACAAGAAGGACCCAAGGAUGGGAAAAUUCGAGUCACAAUACUUGCACGCAGUACAGAUUACCGGAAAAUAUUAAAUCAGAACGAGCUUGUGAAUGCUUUGAAAACAGUACCGACAUUGGAGGUCAAAGUGGUAGACUACAAGUACAAGGAACUUGAAUUUUCAGAGCAAUUGAGAAUUACGCAUAACUCUGAUAUAUUCAUUGGGAUGCAUGGAGCUGGACUUACCCAUUUGCUUUUUUUACCGGACUGGGCUGUUGUUUUUGAACUGUACAAUUGUGAAGACGAACGUUGUUACCUUGAUUUAGCAAGGCUGAGAGGCAUUCACUACAUCACUUGGCAAAAAAGAAAUAAAGUAUUCCCUCAAGAUCAGGGACACCACCCAACGCUGGGAGAACAUCCAAAAUUUACAAACUACUCCUUUGAUGUGGAAGAAUUUAUGUACUUGGUGCUUCUGGCUGCAAAUCAUGUUUCACAGCAUUCCAAGUGGCCAUUUAGGGUAAAACAUGAUGAGUUCUAAAUUAGACUUCAGAAUGAAAUAUUAUUUUAAAUAAUGCUUCAUAAAAAUAUUGUAAGAACAUAAAGCAAAAUGCUGAUGUGAAACAUGUAAACCUCUAGGAGGGAAAUAAUCCAUUUUUAACUUGUCAAACCAGUUCAUAGCACCAUACUGUAUCUUUAUAUUCCUUCUCUCUAACUUUAGGAGUUUUCCAUAUGUAAAAGCUAUCAGGAUUUUUUCUGCACUGUAUUUUUGCAUCCCAAAUUCUGAACUACUUCUUUAUACAAAAAAUAGUCCAUACAUUUCAUGUAAUAUUUAUCUUGGGGUAGGUAUUUGACUUGUAGUAAUUUAUGCCUCUUAUGUGAGGUAGGACAUGCUAGAGGAUGGAGAGUAUUACAGAUUGAUUUCUCAGUAUAGUCUCUGUGGGAAUUAAAUAGGCCUGUCACAGAGUUCUUUGGUUCCUCUUUUUAAGAAGCUAGAUGCUUUUAUUCUAUAGUACUGUACCUGGAAGUACAAAUCUGAAAAAGAACUAUUUUCCUGUUAUAAGGCACUGGCCAAUAUAUCCUUUGCGGUCAGGUUACAUGACACAAUAGUUUCAGCAUGGCCAGUUAAUUCCUUUCCAUCACCAUCCUUGUUACUACUUGUUACUACAGUGCUUGGCCCUGUAUUACUCCUAUAUUUGAAGAGCUUGCUUUGUAAAAUAAUGGUUUUAAGAAUGAAAUGGUUAAGCAAACUUUAACUUUUGUUGUUUGAUACAGCAGACACUGCAGACUCCUAUUUCAAACUCAGAGGCAUUUUCAAGGUAGAGAGCAGUAUGUCUUAUGUUUUCACAUUUAAAAAAAAAAAAAACUUUGACUCUUCCCCCUCUUCUCAUUUUAAAAAUAGUUUUAAAUAUAACAGGUAUGGUCAGUGAGCUUAGUCAGUGUUCUCUCAAAGCACGUAAGACUCUUCCAGAGAGAAUAUUUACACCCUCUGGAUAAUCCAGGUAUUUUCUACUUUUUCACAUAAAAGAGCACUUCUGCAAUGGAAAACCUGAGAAAAUUGGAAUAAAACUUAAGUCUUUUUGAGGAUGCUAAAGUAUUGGUGUUUUAUGACAAAUGAUAGGACAUAUAGGGUGUUUUGCAGCUGCAUCUAAAGGAAAAUGAGGUCCUUAGAAUCAUUACAAGCCUAAUGUCAGUAAUAUUCUUUUCUCAUGAAGUAGAAGAGGUAAUCUAGAAAACUUAUCUGAAACCAAUAGCAUAGCUUACUGUUUUCAGUAAAGACAAUAUUAAGCCAUAGCCAAGUUCUCUAUAAAAUUCCCCCUUGCAGCUGACAUCUUGGUGCCAGUGAAACAAAUGGGAGUAGUUCUCUUGUCUUAAAUGGGGCCAGAAGGAUGUGUGGAAAAAUCAAGUUCAAUGAUAUAAAAAGCAAGAGUUCCAUGUUAUACUAUAGAUUUUUUUGAGAAUGUAUUCCCAUGACACACGUGUGGUAUAAUCAUACGCAGUUUCAGUGGCUUGAAGCAAAGCGUACAUUUGUAAG